AUGGCAGCCGCGCACGAGAUCGCCGUCGUGCCACCCGACCCAUCUUUCCCAACAGACACAUACAAAAAUUACAAGCCUUUUGACGACGACUUUGAAAAAACGCUUGAUCACAUUCUCGCCGAAGAGCAAAGUCUCGAGGACUCCCGAGCCAGUGACUGGCCCUUUUAUUUAGGUGCCGAGCAAGAUGCCGAGACACCGCGCUCUGGUGUCUCGUACGAGCAAGAUAUCAACGGAACGAGCAGGUCACCAGUCUCUACGAGGUCGAACAUUUACGACGAGGCAGCAAAGCAGCGGAAAGCAGUACAAGUGGUGAAGAAAAGGUCAAUCGCUACGAGAAAAAUCACUAUUGUUGAUCUCUGCAGUGAAGAUGAACAGGAGGAAUUGGACGGGCCGAUGCUUAGUGAUAGCGAUUGUCACGGGCAAUUGGAGCGUCAGGCUGCGGACACCAGCCGGGCAAACACCGCAGUCGGGGAAAGCCCGCCUGAUAACGUCCACACCGAUUCGGCGGGGCCCUCAUGUGCAGUUAAUGGCAGAUAUGACCCUGUCGGGAAACACAAUGGAGCAGCUGUAGAGUCUGCCAACGGGCUCAUAAAUGGCGAUGGCGAUGGACAAGGAGGUGGCGAUGUUGAUGCUUCAGCGUGUACAUCAACGAACCCUUCUGUCAAGCCAUCGGACAGUACGCCGCAAGACGACGAAGAGGAAUGGAGUAUCUUCCGGACCGUUAAAAGAUCAACAAAACGUCGAAUACUGCGUUACAUUGCGGCUCAUCCAUUCAUGUCUCAGUCUAUUCAGCCGGUGAGGCGAUCCGAGCGGCAACAAUUCAUCAAAGACAUGGUGACCGAGUCAGUGACGUUGGGUCUUGAUCCGUCUUUGCUGUGGGAUUUGAUCAUGUAUGUGCGCCGGCUGUAUCUUCAAAGAGUCGGAGUUGAAGCGGUGCCAAUUGCAGACGGCACAAAUGAUCCCUGCUUUGGACAGGAGGUCGAUGACCUUGCUCGAGAGCCCUCCACCCCUCGAAAAGCCCAGCCAGGGAGUUAUGACGGCGGGUCAGCGCGUCAACAGCACAAGAAGGAUAAUGCUGCUGUAUGUGCGGAUCGGGAAUCCUCGGAGAUGCAAGAAGCCAUCUCUACAGCCGAUGACAGCCCAGCGCAGUUCCACUCUGCGCGUUCCACUCUCACCUUCACCGAGUGUCCUGAUCAGCCGGCCGGAGAACUCGAUUGUUCACAGCCUACCACGCCCUCUGUUCGCGCCAGCACCGAAGAUGCACGAGCUCAGGGAAAGUACACGACCCCGGAGUCGACCGCAAAAGCACCCACAUCGUCACCUUCACCUAUAUUGACUCGGUCACACCAGAGCUUUGAGAAUGCUCGUGUUGCUGAUUCAGGUGAAGUCCAUGAUGUCGGUACAGUGGGCACAGAUGGACAGGCUGACAUGCUCUCGAAUUCACUGGAAGACGCGGCAGUGAUAUACGUGCAAGCAGAAAAUACCCAGGCCUCACCGAAAGCUCGCAAGGAUGUCGCGAUCAGUGGCUCGGACAUUGGUGCACUUGAGCCAUCGCCACUGCUGCCGCCGCAGCUGGGGUCAUCUCAGAUUCCAGAUUCAACUUCACCUAAUCGACUAAGCACUCAGAGACCCAUGGAAGAUGAAAAUUCUCUUUCCUCGAAGAUGUCUAAAACCCAGAAGCGGAAAGCCAGAAGACUAACACUCAAGAAGGCCCAGAGCACGGUUGAUGGAAUGCAGGCCUCAUGUUCGUCCAAAGCUGCAGGCCAGAGUCCAAUUGAGUCACGAAACAACUCGACACAUGCGACAGACCCUCAUCAAGACGGAGGCCAUGAGCCAUUAAGUGGGGUUUUCAGCUGUUCAGCUCUGGGGCCUGCAGAUGAGGGAAAUGAUAAUUCAACUAUUGAGACAGACCAAACUGCUGCCAUUGCUGCUCAAAGCAUGUCUAAAAACCAGAAGAGGAAGGAGAGGAAAAGAGUCAUGCGAGAAAAAAAACAGCUGAAAUAUCAGCAAAAGAAAGCCAGAGAUUCGGAAUCGCAACGGCAAGGCUCUCAGGCCGUCUUACACGACAAGUCAGCAUGUACGGAACGGACGCCCAUAUUUCCCUCUCAACGCCUCGCAAUGAACCCCGAGCCGAGGAAAGAAAAGAAACGAAAAGACCGCGAGCAGAAGCGUGAGCAGAAGAGAGAGCGCAAACGAAAAAGGGAAUCAUUGAAGGUCGAGCUAUCGAGUAACCAUCAUCACAGCGAUCGAGAGCACGGCGAUCCACUCUCAAACCGGGAGGAGCCUGACGUUGAGGCGCACUCCGGCAUGCUCACAACCUCCAGAGGUAAAAAACAAAAGCUGGACAGUCGCCGAAAGAGUUUGUCGAGUCUUGCCGACAAUGCUUUGUUUGCCUCGAAAGGUUCCACUUACUCAUCCGCUGGCCGCCUUGAUCUUGAACGGAGUUCGAAACAUUUCAGGAAGCAAGGGAGAAGUCAUCGAGAGUUAUCAGUUCUACAAAACUACCAUCUCAAGACAGAUAAUCUGUGCAAUUCACCAAGAAAAUCUAUCUCACAAAUUCAUAUGGCUUCACGCCCGAAGGAAGUCCCCAAUUCGAACGCGGCGAGGCGUAGCUCUGCGGCUUCAAUGUUGACGCCGAUCUCGCGAUCGGCCGGCUGUCUCCGAUCGCAUACCUCGGACCUGUCACCUGACGCGGAGGAGCCGUGGGACACGGCUUUUUGA